AUGUCUCUUAGUAGGCAUGCCUACAGGCAUGCUCUAAAACCUCCCUCGGCUUCAACCCUCGAUCAUCCCUGGGUCAGCGACGAUUUGCUUGCAGCAACCUUUCGUCGCUUCGCCAGCGGUCAACGACGACAUGGCAGCUGCGUCCCCGGACCAUUGGAGGCGCGAAGACGACUUGCCCGGCGCCGAAAUACAGCACUUGCUGGCUUCGGAUUAUCUCCAGCGGAAGAUAUCGCGUGUCUUUUUGGGCGCAAUGGACGAGAACAUAUGAAAUGGACGGAUCACCCGUGGCAGAGAUCGCAUGCCGAUACUCAAGACUUGAGUAGCUACGCUUACGCGACUGCCGAGACCUCGCUUCCGUUUUACGACCACAAUCCUGAACCCAUCAACCCGCGGAUCCUGGAAUCAAAAGUCUCGACCUCGCGGGAAGGAAAGGAACCAACAAAGGCGCAAGUACUUCAGAAGUUCCUGGAAGGGAAGGACUGGGGGAUUGAGGAUGCUCGAGAUCUUGCCCGUCGGUUGAGAAUCGACCUGCACCGAGAGCCUGAAUACAGCCGUCAGAUAUUCGACAGAUUGCUCGUGCGCUCAACAACAGACUUAACGCAAGCGAUCCAAUUUCUGGAUGACCCAUAUUUGAAUGUCUGGGGAGCUGGCAACUACCUUGCUGCGGUGGACCUAUUUGUGCGGACAAAAACAAAGCGAUCCAACCGAACCGCUGUGCUGAAUGCAGUCUCUCGUGCCCUCGAGCUGGGACUAGUUGCCUCGGACGAAAUCUGCUUGAUCAUAAAAGCUCUGCCAGGUAUUAUUGUUGAGCGAAACAAGACCUUGGCCGCAUGGGACCAGAAAGCAUUGCUGAAACACUACCGUGCUAUGUGGCAGGCCAUCGGACGUUGCAACAUCUUAGGCUAUGGUGAAUUGGAUACAGAGAUCGUCGAUACCUGGCUUGGAGAGCUUAUGAGACUCGGCGACUUUCGUUUCGCGGGCGAAGUUAUUGUCGCAACUCACAAUGCAAGUCACGAUACCCAUUGGCCUUCGACCUUUAUCUUUAGAUGGCUGCAUGAAUUCGGUCAAAAGAUUUCGACGAAAUCUGUUCAAUUCCCUUCGUCUUUGUUAAGUCGACUGGACCCUGAUUGUGCGGCUAAUUGUUUGAUCGAUGUCACCGAACGCCUGGCCUUUAUUGAGCAGAAGCAGGAUCGGAACCAACGGCUUGAGCAAUGGCGAGAUUGCCUACUGAACAUACCCGAUGCUUCGGCCAUUGCACGUUCCCAGAUAUGGUCAGAUCUAAUGCUGGCCUACACUCAAAACCAAAACGAGGCAUUGGCUGCCUUCCCUAAAAAAUCCUCACUGCCUGUCCAACAUCAGAUUGUGCUUCGCUUAUGGGUCUUGCGCUCGUUGAGUCGAUCCAUGGGACCCAUGUAUCACUCGUAUGCCAAAGCCACUGAUCGAUCCAUCUAUAUGUUGCUCAGUCUGUACGAAAUCACCGUCUCACAAACGAAAGGAACUUUCUUUGCAGACUUGUUGCAUGGCAUUCACGGCCUAAAUCUACCAUACAGCGGCCUUCUUUUACUCGCAGUUGACCUCAAACAGGGGAAACUGGUCACAAAAACUACCCGCCAGACCCUCGAACGACUUGAAACCUCUCAAAUAUCUUUGGCCAAUCUCUGGGCAGACCCAGCUACCUAUAACGGAGUCCGAGGCCUCUUCUAUGGUUCAUUCGAACAAAUGUUUAAUAGGCUAGACCUCCUGAGUCCGGAGACUAUGAACGAAUGUUUACGUCUUGCCAGAGUAGGCGACUCGAAAAGCAUUUGGUCUAUCACUAGACUCCUGGGCAACCACACGCCAUUUAAGUUGUGUCUUCACAAGGCUUGGGUACCCAUUCCACACCCAGAUGAGAAAGUUCUCGUGCGCUACCACCCCGGACCACGAGAUAGCAGGUGCCCUGAUCCAUACGCCGCAGUCGAAUUCAUCCACCAACUGGCUGUUGCGUUAUCCUGCUGUCAGCAGUUGACUCCCUCCCGCUCUUUUCACCUUAUUCACUGGCUAUACGACUAUCUUCGCAAACACGGUGGACCUGUCUACCCAUCUUUGGUGCGGGCAAUGUACCAUGCUGGUGUUGUGCGGUAUCGUCGUGAAGGACGCCGCAUUUCGCGUACUCAGUAUGAGUAUAUUAUGUGGAUUAUUGAGAAGUUCGAAGGGCAGGAUGUUGUUAGAGAGCUCCAUGAGGCACCGCAGAUUGGCCGGUCGAGUGAAGGUUCGUACCAUGACUAG